ACGUACUCUCCAGUGUACAAGCAGCCAUUGGGCAAACUCUUUGGAGACUACAUGGCCCCCCGGCCAAGCUCCAUCGCCGCAUGGGACUCGCUCAUCGAGGAACGCAUAUCCCAAGCGUACCGCGAGGGUCAAUUCGACAACCUUAACGGCUCCGGCCAGCCACUCGACGCAUCUGGGGCGCCCAUGAAAGCGAAAUCAACCGACGCCGAGCACAAACUCAACCCAUUCAUAGACCGCACAGAGUUUUUCCUGAACCGGAUUGUGAAAUCGCAGGGGUAUGCUCCGCCGUGGGUGGAGAUCGCCAAGGAGAUCGACGCGGAUAUUGCGACGAUGAGGAGUGAGUUGCGGUCGAUGUAUCGGGAGGCGCGCAAGCCGUUUAGGGAGACGACGGAAUUGCAGCGUAGCGUCAGGGAGCGGGGCCGUCAGCAACCAAUUACUGCGAGGAGCUCGGACAACGGGAAUGACGAGGUCACCGUGCAUGCCCGCAGUCGCUUCUGGUCAAUCAUGAGGCAGCUACUCCCCGACACACCGCCCCCGUUCCCACCAGACCGUAGAGCAUCUACACCCCCGGGCACCGCACCAACAUCAGCACCUACAUCGUUAGCAUUCCACGACAUCAACGCGCGUAUGCUGUCAUGGGCCGAAACGCGAUCUCGGUUGAUCGAUGCAAAGAUCGAUCGCUACAAUAUGAGCACGCCGAGCGGAUUUGGGCAUCGGCAAAGGGUGCUGGUCGAUAGGGAGAUUAGGAAUGCUAUUGCGGAUGUGAUGAAGGAGGAGGAGGCUGGUGAAGAGAUGGUGGCGUGGAAGUCAUGACGGAGAGGGGCCAUGCUUCCACGUUCCGAUAACGGGAAGUGUGAUUCGACGCCGUAGGACAUAAAGCGUGGAUCGCAGCGCCUUCCUCGCGGGAUCACUCUUUAACCUGCCCGGCCUGGGAAAGCGUGGGCGUGCGCGCAUC